UUUGUUCCUAGAAGACGAAGAAGACGAAGAACACGAAGAAGAAAGUCCAAACAGCAGCGGCAGUUGCGUUGUAUCACUUUUUAGCUCAUAUUUUGUGUCACGACUUUGAGAACAAGAGUUAGGUGACUAAGGGGAUUAAAAAUGACCCAGUCUGUCAUAGUUCAAGUCGGACAGUGUGGAAACCAGAUUGGUUGUCGCUUUUGGGAUCUUGCUUUGCGAGAGCACGCCCAUUUCAACAAAAAGGGAUGCUAUGACGAUACCACCGGCACCUUUUUCCACAACCCGAAUGGAGACUCUUGUGGUGAUAAUGGAAGAAUCCAACAGCUGAAAGCAAGAGCGGUGCUGCUGGACAUGGAGGAGGGUGUGAUCAGUGAGAUCCUGAAGGGGCCUUUGGGAGAGAUUUUCGACAGCACUCAGCUGCUCACAGGUGUGUCGGGUGCGGGCAACAACUGGGCAGUUGGACACAUGACCUACGGUUCGAGCUCCAGGGACAAGAUUGUGGAUCAGCUGAGGAAGGCAGCAGAACAGUGCCACUGUCUGCAAUGUUUUUUUCUUAUCCACUCGAUGGGAGGAGGUACCGGUUCAGGGCUUGGGACCAAAGUACUGCGUCUUCUCGAGGAUGAAUUCCCUGAGGUGUGUCGCAUUGUCAUACCUGUCUACCCAUCCGUGGACGAUGAUGUCAUUGUGUCACCUUACAACAGUAUGCUGGCCACGAGAGAGCUCACAGAGAAUGCUGACUGUGUUCUGCUUGUAGAGAACCAGGCACUGGUCGAGAUGUUAAAGAUGGAAUAUGCGUGCCAUGGUGGACAACACACGAAAAGCAACAAAGUCUCAGCAAUGGAUAGGCUGACUGGGCCAGAGAAGCCUUUCGAUGCUAUGAAUGACAUUGUUGCUAACAUGUUACUCAACCUUACUAGUUCUGCACGUUUUGAGGGUUCCCUCAACAUGGAUCUAAAUGAAAUUGCCAUGAACCUGGUUCCUUUCCCUCGAUUACACUACCUGGUUCCAAGUCUCAGUCCUGUCUCCACACUGCCACGUGUCAGCAACUCAACCAGAAAAUUGGAUAAGCUCUUUAGCGAUGUCUUCAGUAAAAGAUACCAGUUAAUCAAAACAGACCCGAAGCGCAGUCUCUACCUUGGCUGUGCCCUCAUGCUAAGGGGGAAUGUUCACAUGUCAGACCUGCACCGAAAUAUUGAGAGGUUAAAGCCCACAGUGCCCUUUGUCUCAUGGAAUCCAGACGGCUGGAAGACAAGUCUUUGUUCUGUGCCUCCUGUUGGUCACUCUCAAUCCCUGUUAGCCCUGGCCAACACCACCGCUAUCAAAUCCACAUUCAUGGAGAUGAGAGAACGAUUCUGCAAACUUUAUAGGAAGAAGGCACACUUACACCAUUACCUGCAAGUCGAGGGGAUGGAGGAAAGUUUAUUCUCAGAGGCCGUAACGUCCCUUGACUCUUUGAUUGAGGAGUAUCAUGAUCUGGAUGCUAGUGUGGGGAAAUUAAUGCCUGCUGCAGCGAGAUUAAAAAUUGCAAAAUAAAAUAAUGCUGAAAUUUAGUGCUACUAGCAAAUAUAGCAUAGUGUAUGCUUGUCUCAUUGUACAGAAACAACAAUUUUUAAGGAUGAAUUCAGGCAUGAACUGUGAAUCAUGAUGAAAUCAAUCUUGAUUGUAAACCAGCGUGAGCAACACAAAGCUGGAUUGGUUACAUUAACCAGAGAUUUUUAAAAAUCCCCCCAAAAGAUACUGAAUUUCUACAAAAACAAAUUUAGUCCAGAGACCUAAAUUGAAAUCACUACAUCCGCAUAUUGCACAAUACACUACCUCACUUUAACCCACAAUAGUCACAAGUUCCGUUGUUUAUAUUGUUUAGAUUUACAUAUGUAUGUCUUUUUAUACAGUGUAGUUGCUAUCUUUAUCUUUAGCUGUGUGUUUUAAUGCACAGCAUGUUUGCACUGAGGAUUGAGAGGAAAAUACAUUUCAUCUGUGCUGCAUGUUAUACAUAACGCAUAUUUGACAAUAAAGAUGACCUUGCUUGACCUUAUGUGCAGUAAUGUACUGCAGAUCGUCCACAUCCAAUAUGGCCGACACGCUGACGUACCAGAGCAUUAGACCGAUACGAUAAUGGGUGAGUACGUAUAUAAUGACUAUGGUGCUAAACAAAAUCUUGUUUAUUGGUGGUCGAACGACAAUGAAUCGCGUGAAUAAUGUUAACCAUUGUGAAGAUUAAAAUGUCUAAUGUCGAUAGUGUAAGAGCAUCACAACGACAGUAAGUGUUUCCAGGCAUCUUUUUAAGCUGUCGUAUACAGUAAAGGGUCACGUAUGUACAAUUAAAUAUGUUCAAAUAAUCAAAUAUAUUGUGUACAAUCGGUCACCACGCUCUUAAAUUUUAAAAAAUAAAUUUGAAUACAUUUCAAUUCAAAAUUGACAUUUUGAACGUUCAAAUUCAGCCAGUGUUGAACGCGUCAUAGCAAGAUACGGAAGUGCCUCGCGCAGGCAACCGUGCUAGGCUAGGCUAGUCAAGAAUGGCGCUGCGUGAGUGGUGUGCUAACAUGUUUUAAUUGUGGGUGGUUGUAUUUUCGCGUAUGGAGCAUUUAAAGUAAGCAAAAGAAAUAAUAAUACAAAU